AUGUUACAUUCUUUGACUGCAAGUUCCGAGCGUCGAAGUGUUAAGUCUUCGCAUCAAGAGAACCUAUGCUACGGAUACAAACCCAUUGAGUGGCAAAGUUUGGUUCUAGAUGCAAUAGACAUGUUAUUGAACGGUGGUCGCCGAAAGUAG